AUGACAGACCAAACAAAUAACAAAAAGGAUAGUAGAGAAGUUGACCAUAAUAUAGAUGUAACAAAUAAUGGGAGACAUAACAUGGGAAAAAGCUACACAUUUAACCUGGUGUGCCCAAACUACGUAAAAUUACUCCUUAUACCUGAUGAAGAUUUGUUAAAUUUAGUGGAAAAUUUGAUUGAAACAAUUUUUAACGAAGUUAUAUAUACAAAAGCAAUUGAAAAAAUGAACACGACAAAAAUGUGUACAGUUACAAAUCUGUUAGAAGCUGAACAGAAAUUUUACCAAUCCAAGAUGACUGAAAAUCCAGUGUUUCUUUACAACAUUUCUGAUGAAGAAGUAAAUGACAUUUUUAACAAAACGAGUGGUGAAAGAAUAGACUUUCAUUUAUUUCAUGAAGCAAGAAGGAUAAUACAAAUAGUUAAGGAUAAUUUUAAGACGUAUGAAAAUUACGAAAAGAACAUUUUUGAUAAGAAUAAAUUGGUGACAAUGGAUGAAUUUAGAAAAUACAUUUUGAAAUAUUUAAAAGAUAAUGGAAUAAAUGAUAAAAUACAGAUAGAAGUCAAGAAAAACUUAAUAUCAGCUGCGAAAAUUUUCAAAAAAAAGAAUCAAUAUUUUUUACAUUUACAAGAUCAAAAAAAUGUAAAGGAAAAAAUGAUGUAUUCUUUGUGUAAUCACGAAAUAGGGACACAUUUAUUAAGGAUGAUAAAUCACGAUAAGAACAAUUUAGACAUGUAUAAUUUCCAUUCAUGUUAUGCAACUGAAGAAGGAUUAGCUGUUAUUAAUUCCAUGUAUUCAUUCAAAAAAAAUCAUCUCUUCCUUGUUUACCCUGCUUUAAAAUAUUUAACUGUUUGCUUGGGUAAUUUUUAUACCUUUUCAAAACUUUACUUUUUUUUAAACACUUUUGUAAAAAAUGCAGAAACUUGUUUUAAAAUGUGUGCAAGGGUAAAACGAGGAUUAAAAGAUACAGGAAUGCAUGGAAGUGUAUAUCAUGAUCAGUUAUAUUUUAUUGGUUCCUAUAGCAUCUUAAAGUGGUACAAAAAUAUAGACUUUCAUUUGUUGUAUUCAGGAAAUAUAGGAUUAAGGUGCUUAAACAAAAUUUCCAGAUGUGUAGAUGUAAAAAAUAACAUACUCCCUUUCUUUUUAUCUGAUGAGGAAAAGUUAAAUACCUAUUUGAACUUUCUCUCUGAAGUGUCCUAUUUAAAUGGAAUAAUACCCACGAAUUGCAGCUUCAUUGAAAAGUAG